AUGGCAAGGGUGCUUGGGCGCUUCCGGGGCGCGGUGGACGAUUGGUUCGCGUCCACGGCUUUGGCCGCGGACGUGCUGCGGCCGGGACUCGGGAGCUUCGUGGCGCACCACACGCAGCUCUUCCUGGGCAGCCGCAAGGGGCGCGCCCUGAGGUCCACGCGGCACUACCUGCGCACGCGGCCGUGGGCGCGGCGGUGGCACCACGUGCGCUCGGCGGAGGCCAGCGACUGGUCCCGCUGUGCCCGCCUGCUGGCGGGCCGCGCCAUCGGUGUGUGCUUCGGUGGCGGGGGUGCCAGAGGCAAUUGUCACCUCGGCGUCAUCAAAGCGAUGCAGGAGCUGGGCAUUCCCAUUGACGUGGUCUCAGGAACCUCGUUCGGCGCGCUCGUCGGCGGCAUCUACUCGAUGACCGCGUCCGAGCCGGACUCCAUGGGAAAGGUGGUCCGGAGGCUGAUGGGCAGGCAGUUCUCCGCGAAGAAGAUGUUGAUGGACAUAACAUUUCCGAGGACGGCCUACUUCACAGGGAAUUACCUCAACACGGUGCUGAAGGACACAUUCGCCAGGAGGCGCUGCGAGGACUUGUUGGUGCCCUUCGCGUGCACGAGCACAGACAUCGUGCACUUCGAGUCGAAGAUCCACCGGGAGGGCCCGCUGUGGCGCAUCGUCCGCGCGUCCAUGAGUCUGGUGGGCUUUGUGCCGCCGCUGCCGCACCAGGAGAGGCGACCCGAGGACGGCACCAUCCGCAGCUCCCUCCUGGUCGACGGCGGCUACGUGAACCAGUAUCCCAUCGAGACCUUGAAGGAUCACGGAGCGGGGGUCGUCAUCUGCAUUGUGGCCUGCCCAGACCACGGGCCGGUCAACACGGAGUACGGCGACGUCGUCCACGGCGUCACCGUCACCCUGCAGCGCAUGUUCUGCUGCGGCCGGCGCUGCGCGGGGGGGUCCGACCCACCCACGCAGGCCGACAUCCAGGAGAGGCUCAUGUUCCUCGUCGAGAGCAUGAAGGAGUCCAACCAAUCGCGCGCGGACCUCACCAUAUCCCCAGAUAUCACUGGGUACGGCUUGCUGGAGUUCGGCAAGUACCGCGAGAUCGAGGAGGUCGGCUACCGCGCCGCCCUGCCGCUGCUGCGCGACUGGCUCGCCGGCAGCGGCAAGGGUCCCGAGCAGGUGCGCGAGGUGAUCGCCGCGCUCGAGGAGGACGCGCCCGAGACCAAGCCGAGUAUCCACGAGGUGGAGUACGGCGGCCGGCAGGGCAACGCCAAGUGGCGCAGGAACCUCAUGAGGAGGCUCGGCUCCACAGUGACUCAGCCUCUGCGGCGGAACAUGGCGGGCAGCCAGCCCCACGUCGUGACCAGGAGCGAGCUCCUGAGCGACGACAGCGGCGGCGAGGGGGCUCAGGCGUACCAGGCCCAGCUCCCGGCGCACCGCGCCGAGGCCCCCCUCCGGCGCAGCAGCAGCUUGUAG